AUGCUGUGCCUAAGUGUUGUCAGGCCAGAAUGCUGCAGCUGCUGUUCAGAGAGAAGGGUCUCCCAAGGCCUUCAGCACAUGGGAGCACCAUCUACAGCAGAGCUGUCAGAUGUAACCAGAGCAUGCCUUCCUCUACCCUCACUGCAGCUCCCAUGGCUUCAUACCCUCCAGAAUCAGAGGGGCAAGACAAACAGGUAUUGGGGUUAUGCUGAUCCUUUCCAGGAGCAGGAUGUUAUGGAGAGGUUCAAAUGGCAGAGACAAGGCAUCCUGUUUGGAGCUGCCACAUCCUAUGUACAUCUAGAGAAACUGUGUGGAGGAUCCUAUGCAGCUGUGUACAAGGGGUUCAGCAGGAUCAACGGCCAGUUGAUGGCAUUGAAAGUGCUGGAGGCAGAGGAGGGAGUGCCCUUUACAGCCAUUCGGGAAGCUUCUUUUCUCAAGCGUUUGAAACACACCAACAUUGUGCUGCUUCAUGACAUUAUCCAGACCAAGGAGAUAUUAACAUUUGUCUUUGAGUACAUGCACACAGACCUAGCAUAGUACAUGGGUCAGCAUCCUGGAAGACUUCAUCCAUGCAGUGUUAUGCUCUUCAUGUUUCAGCUUUUGCGGGGCCUGGCUUACAUCCACCAACAACAUAUUCUUCACCAUGAUCUGAAACCCCAGAACUUGCUCAUCAGUUGCCUUGGUGAACUCAAAUUAGCUGACUUUGGUCUUGCUUGUUCCAAGUCUAUCCCCAGACAGACAUACUCCUCUGAAGUAGUGACAUUCUGGUACCGUCCUCCCGAUGUGUUGCUUGGAGCUACAGAUUAUUCUUCUGAUUUAGAUAUCUGGAGCGCAGGCUGUAUAUUUGUUGAAAUGAUCCAGGGGCAGCCAGUAUUUACAGGAACUUCUGAUACUCACGAACAACUGGUGAAGAUCUGGAAGGUAUUGGGAGUGCCAACUGAAGACACCUGGCCAGGACUUUCCAAGCUCCCCAACUACAACCCAGAACUGGUUGCUUCCAGGAGACCUCAGAGACUUUGAGUCAUAUGUGACAGGCUGAGCAGGGUGCCAGCAGCGGAGGAUUUGGCCUCCAGGAUGUUUACAGCCUUCCCUCGAGGCCAGAUCUCUGCACAAGAUGCACUACUUCAUGGCUUCUUCAGCCCUCUACCUCCUCAGCUCUAUCAGGUUCCUGGUGGACAGUCAGUGCUCACAGUUCCAGGAGUGAGACUGCAACCUGAAAUCUGUGACCUGUUUGCCUCUUACCAAAAAGGCCAUCUCUCUGGAUGUUCAAGCAAGUUUUGGUAGAAAGCAGGGAUGAUGAUUGACUAAUUCUGGUGGGUAAGUGUGCAGUUACCACUGUUAAAGCUGCCACCUUCAUCCUUAGCACAUUAAUUCCUUUGCGUAUUGAAGGUGGGAAAGCAGAACUGAUACCCAGGGUUGGAUGAUGACCACAUCCCAGGCUGAGGAGGACAAAGUGGGAAUUCUCACAUUCAGAGGCAAGAGCUCAGCAAGGCAACAGCCUCCAAUGCACAAUGCUCAGUGGUAUCAUGGAAGAUUUGAGUUUGUUUUGUCAUAGUCCCAAGUCUCAUACCAGUGCACUUUCUUCUGAUGCCUCCGCAGUCAAAACAUUGCUUCAUUUCCUUGUUGCUUAAACUGAUCAAAUUACUUUGUUCACCUUUGUCUAUUGAGUUUGCAUUUUAUAGCUUGCUUGUUUUGAUUUCACUCAUCAUGGGAUCUGACCAGAGCCAGGCAAAAUCUCCUUAGCUCAUAACAUACUUGGGUUUAAACAAAGAAUAUUUUAACACAACACACCUCAAAAUGAUGCUUCAGCAUCAAUGUUUUUCUUCUCUUUUC